AUGGCCAAGUCGAAAACGUCAAAGGGCCAGUCGGACUCUCCGCUCCCCGCUCAAAUCACCACUACUAAGAACAAAUUCGAUCCAGCGUUGACUUCAUUGUUUGCGACAAGCUCCGGACCAGUAAAGCUUGUGCCCAAGGCGGUUGCACCUACAAAACCCACUACCAGCGUCUCGGUCUCUUCUGCAGAUGAGGAUGACGAUCACAUAUCCUCUUCUGGAGGUGAUGACUCGGAUUCCGAUGAACACCAGUCCUCAAAUAGUGCUUCAGAGUCUGAGGUGGACCAAAUAUCAGGAUCUAAAUCUGAUGUGGAAGCAGAGGGGCGUGAGAGACCUCGGAAGCGCCGACGGGUCGCAAAUGCCGCGGCUGAAGAUCUCGAGCAAUCCUAUUUCCGUCGACUAGGCCGUGAAGAAGAGAAAGAGCAGCGUCGAAGACGCGCAGAUCGAGCCGGUCUUCAAGACUCCCCUGGCGGAGCGGAUCACACUGCAGAUGACCAAUACCAUCCCACAUCGGCCUCUGACAGCGACGAGGAUUCCGUUGAUGGGAAGGCACUUGAUAUUCCGCAACACGAGAGCCUACGAACAGUCACAAAUGAUCCCGAUAAGAUUAAUAGAACCGUCUUUCUCGGCAACGUAUCAACAGAGGCUAUUAAGUCAAAGCACGCUAAGAGAACUCUGGCCCGCCAUUUGAGAUCGGUCCUCAAAACACCUGCUCAAGGCAAGCGUCCAGGAAAGCUUGAGUCCCUACGUUUUCGCUCAACAGCCUAUGUCAGUGGCUCUGGUCCCAAGAAGGCAACAUUUGCCAAGAAAGAACUCAUGGAUACUACCACCAAAAGCACCAAUGCCUACGCUGUAUUUACCACGGACACUGCCGCAAAUGUUGUUACUGAAAAAUUAAAUGGUUCAGUUGUUCUCGACCGCCACUUGAGAGUAGACUCACUUGGCCAUCCUAGCAUCAUCGACCACCGACGGUGUGUGUUUGUGGGAAACCUUAGCUUUGUGGAUGAAGAAACUCCUGGUGAAAACACGAAAGACAAUUCUCAGCCAAAGCGACCCAAAGGCAAAGACCCGGCUGAUCCAGAAGAAGGCCUUUGGCGUACCUUUAGCAAAGUUGGUAAGGUUGAGAGUGUCCGGGUUGUGCGGGAUCAGGAAACUCGUGUCAGCAAAGGUAUUGCCUACGUGCAAUUUGCGGACGAAAAUGCUGUUGAAGCGGCGCUUCUCUUGAAUGAGAAAAGGUUCCCGCCCAUGCUACCGCGAAAGCUGCGCAUUAUGCGAGCCAAAAAGAUGAAGCAGAAGGCACCAUCGACAGGACUCGGAGCAAAGGCCUUGGCCAAAGCGGCAUUUGGUUCGGGACAAAAGAGAAAGCGCCCAGGACAGAGCCAAAGAGCAACUACGAAGGGCCUCGUAUUUGAAGGCCAUCGUGCAAGUAGUAGCAACACAACGAAGGGGAGAUCAGCAGGAUCGAAAAAGAGGCAGAGCAAACGUCCUGAUACAAGAAGCAGUCGUCGCGGUGCGGCUUUCAGGGCUGCAGGCGGGAAAAAGACCCAGCCAAAGAGGAUUUGA